AUGGCCAAAGGCGCACGCGCAAGCAGCAAAAAGGCGAACCGCACCAAGCUGCGCGCCCGAGUUUUCGGCCCCGUCGAGCAGGCACGCGCCGAGCGCCUGCACGCCAAACUUCUCGAGACGAUUGCCCAGCCCAAGCCCGAGAGGACUGAGAUGGAGACCGAAGAAACCAACACCACCGACGAUGCCGCCAAGGAGGACUUGCCCAAAGAUAUGGACGUCGACGGCACCGCCACCUCUGCGAAGAGCUCGAGCUCGCGCAAGACCAAGGACAAGAGCCAGACCCGGAAACAACUGCGACGCAAGCCCCAGAACAAGGUCUCCUUCCCUACCUCGCGAGGCAAGGGCGCACUGAAGCCCAAUGGUGGACGUCCCAGCGGCCCCGGCCGUAUCGGCAAACGACGAGCAUGA